UGCACUGAAUUUAUUUAAUACACGAGUGUCACAAUUUGAGCUGAAUUAUUGAAAUAAAUGAACUUUUCCACGACAUUAUAAUGUAUUGUGAUUCACCUGUAUAUUAAAAUCCUAUAGCUUUCUCUUUUCGCAGCAGCAGUGCGCUUCAGGCCAGCAGAGGGCAGUAGAGCGCACAGAUCAAACGUCUGUCAGUAGUAGAGGAAGACUAUUGUUAUUAGACGGUGGACACUUGGAUUAAAACAAAUUGACAGAAACACAAAAAUCAUGUAAGAGUUUAUUUUCAUUUUCUUUCAUUUUUCAUACCGCUGGUUUCUAUCUUUAUAGGAUUCGUAUAUGUGUUUGGAGAUACGUCCCAGUAUGUGAAACGUUUGUAAAGAUUACAAACAUUCACGUUCACGAUAACCUGCUAAAUUUUUGUUAUUAUUUCUAAUGUUCAGAACAAUUUUGCCUUUUGUAGAUACGUAGGCUUUAACUGAAGAACCAGAGCUAUUAACCCAUCCCGUCCAAAAUGGUUAAUGUCUUAAAAGGAGUUCUCAUUGAAUGUGACCCAGCUAUGAAGCAAUUUCUUCUAUAUCUGGACGAGACAUCUGCAUUGGGGAAGAAAUUUGUCAUCCAGGAUUUGGACGACACGCACGUUUUCAUCCUAGCUGAAGUUGUGCAGGUUCUCCAGGAGCGAGUAGGUGAAUUGAUGGACCAGAAUUCAUUCCCCAUCACCCAGAAAUAAAUGUCUGAAUCUGACAGAAGACCCUGCAAUCUGUGGGAGCAGAUGGAUGUGGAGAUUAUUUCAGCACAAUUGCACAAACGGAUGUAACUGAAAUGUAUAGAAGACUGGGUACCAGGAUGAUGCCUGUUAUCAUAGGUUUAGUUUGUGUUGCAUACAUUUUUCAUCUGAGAGAAUUAUAAUUUUCAAGUGCUUUAUGUUGCUUAUGUUUCAAAGACAGCUACUUGAAUAUUUGCUGUGUUUUUGACAGUAUGGUCAAUGAAAUGUGUUUUUGCAUGGAAAAUGGCAGUAGCUGCAGAAAGAAACAAUAAAUUUUUUUAUUUCUUUUCCAA